AUGUUUUCAUUAAAAGAAAUAUUUUUUCAACCUCUUAAAUGUCAACCGAAUAUAAAUACUCUCCAUUUAUAUCGAAAUCCUACAACUGGAAAUCAACAAAUCUUUCUUAUUGGUCUCGAUGGUGCUGGUGUUGGUGUUGAAUAUAAUCAAGGAACAAAUGAAUGUAAAGCACAUCCAAUAACUUUACAAGAUUUUCAAUCUGAUUGCCGAAUAUUAAGUGUGGAAAUAUUACCUAUAUCAAAACAUAAUACAUCUCCAGCAAUCAUAUAUGGUUAUGCUAAAACUACUGGUCCAUCGAAUAGUGAUGAUUGUACAAGUUUUUAUUUCGAUCGUGUUCAAAUUGUAGAUAAUAAUACAAAAUCAUCAAUGCAAAAUCGUCCAAUGACAUAUGCUCCGAAAUUUCUUAAAACAAUAAUUACGAAAAACGUAACAACUAAUGAAAAUGAAGUUAUUCUAGUCGUCGCAGGAGGUGAUAAAUUAUCGUUUUAUAGUGAAAAAAAUGAACGAUCAUUACAAGAGAUAAACAGAAUAAUUGAUUUUUAUCUUCCCGAACUUAAACAUACGACUGGAAAUGUAUGUGCAAUGGAUAUAUUGACAAUAUCUGAUCCUCAAACAAAUCAAUUAAAACAACGAUUAAUUGCAUGUGGUCAUUCAAAUGGUUUACUUGAUUUAUAUAUAACAGAAGUACCAACAGAUGGAUCACCAAAAACUGUACAUAAAACACUUGAAUAUGAUAGUUUUAUAAGUACUGUGAAAUUUUUCUAUCAUAAUCAAAAACCACGUGAAGAUGAACAACCUCAUUUACUUGUCACUAGUGCUCUUGAACAAGCUGUUAUUUAUAGAGAUGUUAUUAAAAAUCAUUUGACUGAUUCAGUUGUACUAACUGGUACUGAUUCUCAAGAUUGUAUUACAUCAAGUUGUAUAUGUGAUAUUGAUCUUGAUGGAAAAAAUGAAAUAAUAUUAGGUACCUUUGGUAAAUCAUGUUUUAUUUGUCGUAUACCAAUAGAUAAUUGUAAAUCUAAUGCGACCGAUGGUUUAACAUUUAUUGGUGAAACAUUUCCUGUUUGUCGUGUUUUAUCAUUAUCAGCAUCUGCAUAUGGUAUACUAGCAUAUGAUUUUACGAAUGAUGGUAUUGAUGAAAUUAUAAUUGCAACAACAAAAGGUUUACAUAUUUAUCAAUUAGAAUUAAAUGAAGUUGUUAAAUUAAUUGAAAAUCGUUUAGAAAAGAAAACUAAUCCUAAUGGAAAUCUGUGA